GGUUUCAUAGCGCGUUUGCGUUUUUGAUUUCCUCUUUGUCUUCCACUCAUCGAAUUGAUUUGUAUAAAAGACCCAUUCGGUUAGUCUACAAAUCAGUUCAAUUCCGUUUUCGGUAUUUGUAGCAAUCAAAUCAAACUAAUUAAACAACAAUGGCAUUCAAAUUCAUCGCCUUCUUCGCUCUCUGCGUAGCCGCCGCUAGCGCUGGUGUCAUCGCCCCAGCUGCCCCAUUGGCCACUGUUGCCGCCGCUCCAUUGGCUGUUGCUGCUCGCGUUGAGGAAUACGACCCACAUCCUCAGUACACCUACGGUUAUGAUGUGCAAGAUGCUCUCUCCGGUGACUCGAAGACCGCUGUGGAGACCCGUGAUGGUGGUAUCGUCCAAGGUCAAUACUCUCUGAAUGACGCUGAUGGUUACCGUCGUAUUGUGGACUACACUGCCGACCCAAUCAACGGUUUCAACGCAGUUGUCCGUCGUGAACCUUUGGUUGCCCCCGUCGUAGCUGCUGCUCCAGUCGUUGCUGCCCCUGCUCCAGUUGUCAGAGCCGCUGCUCUCGCCGCACCCGCACCAAUCGUCGCUGCUGCCCCAGCUCCCGUUGUCAGAGCCGCUGCCUUCGCCGCUCCUGCUCCCCUCGUUGCCGGUCCAGCUGUAGUGAGAACCCAAUUCGCUUCUCCCCUCAUCUCUUACGCUUAUUAGAGAAGUUGGUCUGAACAUUUGCCAUUAGUUGUUAAUCAUGAAUACGAACUGUGAAUAAAUUUAAACAUAAAAACA